AUGGAGAAUCAGGUCUAUCAGACACAGAAUAUGGUCGUGAAGACUCUAGAUAUACACGUCUACAGGACACAGAAUAUGGUCGUGAAGACUUUAGAUAUACACGUCUACAGAACACAGAAUAUGGUCGUGAAGACUUUAGAUAUACACAUCCACAGAACACAGACUAUGGUCGUGAUGACUAGAAAUACACGUCUACAGAACACAGAAUAUGGUCGUGAGGACUCUAGAUAUACACGUCUACAGAACACAGAAUAUGGUCGUGAGGACACUAGAUAUACACGUCUACAGAACACGGAAUAUGGUCGUGAAGACUCCAGAUAUACACGUCUACAGAACACGGAAUAUGAUCGUGAAGACUCUAGAUAUACACGUCUACAGAACACAGAAUACGGUCGUGAGGACACUAGAUAUACACGUCUACAGAACACGGAAUAUGAUCGUGAGGACUCUAGAUAUACACGUCUACAGAACACAGAAUAUGGUCGUGAAGAGUCGAGAUAUACACGUCUACAGAACACAGAAUAUGGUCGUGAAGACUCUAGAUAUACACGUCUACAGAACACGGAAUAUGGUCGUGAAGAGUCGAGAUAUACACGUCUACAGAACAUGGAAUAUGGUCGUGAGGACACUAGAUAUACACGUCUACAGAACACAGAAUAUGGUCGUGAGGACACUAGAUAUACACGUCUACAGAACACGGAAUAUGAUCGUGAGGACUCUAGAUAUACACGUCUACAGAACACAGAAUAUGGUCGUGAGGACUCCAGAUAUACACGUCUACAGAACACGGAAUAUGGUCGUGAAGACUAG